GAAAAAUGUUCGAUAUAUAAGUGAAAAAUUAAUAUAAUCAUAUGAUGAUUCAAUGGAAUUCAUUAUUUCAACACACUGUCAGUUUUGGUAGUUAGAAAAUAAUUGAAAACAAGUUUUUAAGAGAAUAUCAAUGCGAAUGAUAUGUUCCAACAAUAUGGAAAAGAAAAUCUCAUCAAGAGGAACAGAACUGAUUUGAAUCAGAUAACUACCGCCCUCCCCUCUCUAUUAGAAUGAUGGGCUCGUCCGAUGUUUUCAUCUCCCAUCAUAAAAAAUUUUCGUGCAAUCAGUAUAUGUUGUAAAAUAUUUUGUUUUCAAAGAAUAACAAAAAAUAGAAAUUUUUUUUUAAGUUAUAUAUGAAAUUAAAAUAUAUUGAAAUAAACAUAGUAACAGUAACUGAUUUUUCAUAUAUUGUUUGGAUUCGGCCAUUUUGAAGUGAGGAAGGUAAGGGAGAAGAUGUGCAAUUGUUGUCAUUCAUAUAUAUAUACUGCAGUGUCUAUCGUUGCCAUUGAUAAUUUAAUGAAUAACUAUUUCCAAAAAAUAGUUAUUUUUAACAGAAAUAAUAAUUCUAUAUAAAAAUAAGAAAGAAAAUUUCCUUGUACAUAUUUCUUGGUCGGCCAUGUGUAUAAGUACAUCGUUUAAAAUGUCUUCACAACCCAUACUGAACAGCCAAUAAGGAGAGGGCGGUAAAACCACGUGACCGUUGCUGGCCAAUCGUCAGGACGAAAUUUGAAAUCGUGCGUGGUCUUUGUUCACUAUCCUCCCGUCAACGUUACUUCAGUUCCGUAAAGGGGGCCUUGUGUCGGUGUCCGUUUAUACAUGGUCGCUGCCAAAAAUCGCAUAAUUCUCUUGUAAAUAUAUGUGUGAAAGUGGUGCUUGGCCGCGAGGACGACGUGAUUUAAGGAUUGUCAAACAUACGAUUACAGAGGAGUCGAAUCAAGUAUAAAACUAGGCUGACAACAAGCUUCGUAAUUCAUGAGUUUUCCAGAGGGAGAAAUACCAGAUCUUCCCCUCGGAUCAUCUUCCUGCUGCCCCCACUCCCUUCGGUUUAUCAAUUGCAUCGUCUUGCCACAGACAUUUCGUCAGUCAGGUGAAUGUUGGAUACGGAGAGCAGACACGGUACUGAGCUGGUUCAGGGACCGACGCGGGACCCUUGGCUCACGAUGGAUUACUAUCUCGGUACAGAUAGUUUAUCGUUGCAAGAGAUGCUCGAUGUCGAUAUCAAAUGCGAAAUCGAGGGUGUUAUCGGCGGGCAUACGGAGUUGGGCUUUAAUUUCACCGACAUGUCCGCUCUAGAAAUGGACGAUGAUCCCAUUGGAUGUCAAAAUGAUCUUAGUGGAUGGUUUGGAUCCACCAGUUUACUUAAUGGAAACAGCAAUAGCUCGAACAGUAAUUUCAAUCUUGACCUUAGUGGAAGCGAUGCAGCCUCCAUUAUGGUAAAUCCUAACUCGGUGAUGCCGCACAUGGCACUUCGAAGUCCUACUCCAAAUAAUAACAGACGACACUUUUCAUUUUCACCGAAAAAAGACAUAAAAGAGAAAAUUGAUGUCGAAGAAGAGAUAGAGAAUGAAGGUAGCAAUUAUACAGAAAACGAGAACGAAAAUGAGAACGAAAAUGAGAAUGAAAAUGAGAAUGAAAAUGAGAAUGAAAAUGAGAAUGAGAAUGAGAAUGAAAAUGAGAAUGAGAAUGAGAAUGAGAAUGAGAAUGAGAACGAAAAUGAGAAUGAAAUUGAAAAUGAAAAUGAAAACGAAAAUGAAAAUGAAAAUGAAAAUGAACAAGAAAACGAAAUCGAAAAUGAUACUGAGACAGAACAAUAUGAAAACGAUAUCACAGAAACCGAAGAAGAUUCCGAGGAUGAGCAGGAAGUCUCGAAAUCGGUGACACCGUCCAAAUCGAAAACGAUCUCAAUAUCAGCUACUAAAAUGACAUCCCCACAAUACACGAAGGCACAGACCACCCCGAAAAUAAACGGUAUGUCUGGCAUCAGGAUUCAGAACUUCAAAGUAUUACAGAGUUCCAACCAGAUGCCUCAACAUGUGCGAAAGCAGAUCUAUAAUAACAAUGUACACAUCAAUCCAGGAUCUACUACUAUCAGUACAGUGAAAAGAGAGAAAGAAUUCGAUCUAUCAGACUAUGAUGACAAACCCUAUCCUAAACCGGCUUACUCUUAUUCUUGUCUGAUUGCAAUGGCGUUAAAAAAUAGUCAGACAGGCUCUCUACCGGUUUCGGAAAUUUACAAUUUUAUGUGCGAACAUUUUCCAUAUUUCAAGACUGCACCAAAUGGUUGGAAAAAUUCAGUUAGACACAAUUUAUCAUUAAACAAGUGCUUUGAAAAAAUCGAAAAGCCUGCUGGAAACGGAAAUCAGAGAAAAGGAUGCUUAUGGGCUAUUAAUCCAGCAAAAGUAGCAAAGAUGGAUGAAGAAGUACAAAAAUGGUCCAGAAAGGAUCCUUUAGCUAUUAAAAAAGCAAUGAUAUAUCCAGACCAUUUGGAAUUGCUUGAAAGAGGUGAAAUGAAAUAUGCAGGCAGUGGUGAUGUAUCUGAAGAAACAGAAAGUUCAGGUGAUGAAGCAGUUGAAGAAAACACAACAUAUGAAGAAUCUAUUCACGGUCACAUAACUGCGAAUUCAGUGACAGAUAGUUAUGAUGAAAGCAGUCAGGAUUGUGAUAUAGACAUUCAUGAGCAUUUAUAUGAUGAGAUAGAUAUCGAGGACAAUAAAGAAGCAUUACACAUGCAUUUAAAUAUUUCAAAACAAGAACCAUUUGAAUACGAGCUUAAUUCCGGUACGAAAAGACAAAAAACGUUAACCGGUGCAAUACAAGGAAAUUAUGUGUAUCAACCUGUGACUACUUCACGAAGAAAAACACCUCUUCUUGUACGAGCUGGUGCAGGAAACAGCUCAUUUCUUAAAAUUGAUUAAGUUUAGAUUUAUCAUCUAAUUAUAAAUUACCAAUUUUAUACGUAUCUAUAGUUAUAGAUAAAUCGACAAAUAUAACGCUUCAGAGAGAAAAUAUUUGAUACACAAAAAAUCCUCUAUCUAUUUAACUUAUUUUAUUUUUGUA